UGGAGGACGUAAAUCUAAGUAUGAAGUAGGCUCUUGUGGUAAGGAGCGAGGAAUUUCAUCUGUACGCUCUUGGGGUGCGACAUGGCAUCGUGUGGGGAAGCGAUGAGUAACCACGAUGGAGACGAGCAUGGAAGCGAGGUAGUGCUGAUGGAUGUUUCUCAGCCGCAUGCGGAAGAAGCCCAUGCAUCACAGCUGCGUGAAGGGGGCCAGCUGCUGACGGAUAAGGAGCAUCGUCAACCCCUGAGCAAUCAAGUGUCAGAUUCCACAGGUCAGGGAAAGCAAUCGAAUAGGAAUUUACAGGGUCCAGAUGAUCCGGUUGCCCCAGAGCAAGGCAUCCUGGAUGGGGGCAGAGAGAGCGCGCAGGCUGUGUGGCAGAAUACGCUGCAGUCAAGGGUUCAAGCGUCAGAAACACCAGUGCAUACUCAAGGGUCCACUGGGACCCUCGACGCCACCAUGCAUACGCUGAACGAGGAGAUGCAGGCAGACCAGGAUUGGGAACAGCAGCAGCAGCAGCAGCUUGGCCAUGGGGCUAGGAGGGUUGAAUUGGUGGUUUCCCAGCCACACUCCUUGGAAGACAAGAGUCAACCUGUGUCUGCCUCCCUGCCUUCUCUUUCUCUUCACCCUCAGCUUUCUUCAGCUCACUCUCCUUCCCUCCCACCUCCUGCUCCUCCUGUUGGGUAUGUUCCCCAGUUACAGCUGCAGCAGAAGCACCAGUGUGACCCAAGAGGUUUCCCUGAGCAAUCCCAAUCUCAGCCCUCGAGGAUGCUUAGUGCAGCUUCACCGUCAACUGCUGGCUCAUCGGUUGUCUCUUCUAUGGCAUCAGCAAUGGUGCCGCCAAGCUCGUUGACGAAGCCGCCAGCGCUUUCUUCUCUCUUGGAAGGGCAAUCGUCUCGAGGAGCAAGUGCCCCAGGCAGCUCAGGGACGGCAUUGAUGCAGGCUGGUUAUUUGCAAGGAGUUCCGGCAACAACUUCAGGGCUAGUAACCCUGAACCGAUCACCGAUGCCAGGCAGUAGCUCAUCUGCCGCAGGUUCUCUUCCUCUCACAUCUGACCAAGGUCAGAGCAGAAUGCCUGAUCCCAAUCGUCAUGAGGGAUCACUUAUGGACCCAAUGCCCAAAGGAGAGGGUCACUCGGAAUCCAGUUCAUGGAGGCCUGUCUCAGCGCCCUUGAUGAUGUCCACAGGGGCCAGCUCAACGGUACAGCAAUCCUUCAAUACUUCUGCAUGGGUGACUGGUGCUCCGACUGGUGCUCCGGUAGGGAUGGCUGCUGCCGCCUCUGUCCCACUCUCAGGUGUGGAGACCAAGCCUGUAAUGAAGGCCUCAACUCUGAGACCUUUAACAUCUAGCAGCACAGUUCCAACCCUGUAUAUACCCCCCCAGCAGCAGCAAUCGGCUCCUUUAGGUCGACAGCAGUCAAGUCAAGAGCAGCCAGAUCAACAACCCACGGAUGCCACAAAAGUACAAGAUCAGUGCCUCAAAGUUGUGCCGUCCCAUCAGCUGUCUCCUCUUUCUCAGCAUACAGCUGCUCACUUGCCUGGGCAGCAGCCGCAGCCUCUGGCAUCACAGCAGCCUGUUCCUCCUUCACUGCAGGCGCAAAUCAAGCCCUGUCCGGAAUUGGCUGCAGCGCAACACCCGGUGAAGGAUCUCAGCGAGCACCUGAAGCAGGAUGGAAUCGAUGGAUCACGUCCUGCAUACGUGCAUGGUGUACAAGCCGCUGCUUCAGUCUCAGGUGGUCCAUCAGCGGGGGUCUCCACUAUGCCACAGAUGCAAGGUCUGAAGACAGGUCAGGUACAAGGGCCUGCUGUAGCAAAACAGCAGCAGGUCGAUCAGCAGGCACAGACUACGGGCAACGCCUCCACAGCGGCAGCAGCCACUUCAGCAGCCAGUCUGCAACAGAAGUCUACGCAGUUAUCCUUCCAUCAACAACCCAUGCUUAGUCAGCUGCGGCGACAGGGGACACCAAGCCAGAUUCCGGACGAAGCAACGACUGGUGAAAACGCACCGAUGCAACCAUUCCCAGGGCAUCGACCGGGUGGAACCGGAUCCGUUCAACCUCAGCCACAGCUGACAACAGCAGCACUUGGUAAUCAGCAGCUCUCAGUGGGUCUUGCAACCCACCGGCAGGACACAGCAAGUGUGCAAACACAGCAGCAGCUGCUGCAACAGCGCAGUGUCAAGCAGCAGCAGGCUGGAUUAGGGCUGUCGAAAAAGCUAUUUCAAGUCGAACAGCAACAGCCGCAACAACAAGCCGUAGGGAAGGCUGAUCAGCAGCUGACAGCAGGUCUGAAAGUGCAUGGUUUUCCAAGUCAGGGACAGGACAAACCGUCCGAGCAGCCACAGGUAGAAAAGGCAGGAGAAGUCCCGAAGCCUGAUAUGCAUCCUCAGGCCCAAGGUACACCUCGCGCAAUAUCUUCUUAUCCUGCCGAUGGUUUCCAAGGACUAUCAGAAAGCAUGAGGGAUCAACAACAAGGUGAGGCAGCGGCAGGCCAACGCCAACCUCAACAUGGAGUGAGUCAGCAGCAGGGAAAGGGCCUCAAUGUCUCAGUAUCUCAACAAGCGAGACCUGUCCUGCCAAUGUCAUUGUCGAGAUUUAUGUCAGGAGGAGGAGGAUCUCACCAACAACACAAGCAGCACCCACAACAUUUGUUGCCAGUGGCCCACCCAUCUCAUGCUUCGCACCAGAAAAAUCCACGAGGCGGUUCUCAAGGUGGUGUAGGCGGUGCUGGGCUGCGUGGCGGAAUACAAGCUGGAGGUCAGGGUGUUCUGGGAACUCCCCAGCGCGACGAUGCAAGCCAGGCAGAGAUCCUAGGCAAGAGGAGCAUCCAAGAACUGCUUGCACAGAUUGACCCUCGUGAGAGGUUGGACCCGGAUGUGGAGGAUGUCCUCCUUGAGAUUGCAGAUGACUUCAUUGAGACGACAACAACGUUUGCAUGCGCUUUAGCACGCCAUCGAAAGUCGACAAUGCUAGAGGCAAAGGACAUUCUCCUUCACUUGGAGCGAAACUGGCACAUUGUUAUUCCUGGGUUUGCUGGGGAGGAAUACCGACCUUAUCGUCGGGCACCUGUCAGUGAGGCGCACAAACACCGGCUGUCGCUUGUGAGAAAGUCACAGAGCAUGCACACGCACCAUGAUGGAACCGCGGGAGCCAAAGUUCUGGGUUCCUUGGGCGCUACCGGGGGGGGCGGUGGGGGCGCAGCUGGGGUUACUCCCUCCUUGGUUCCAUCUCUAGGAGGAGGCGGCGGAGGAGCUAGUGGCCCCAGUGCGGGCGCUUCUCCUCCUGGAAAAUCUUUCCAGGGCGGGAUGGGCGAUGUGCACACCUCUGGAGGCGCAGUUACCAAGUCUCUGUCGCCUGCUGCAAAGGUGGCUCGUUUAUCUUGAGUACAUCAUCCAUGUAGACCAGGAGAGAGAGAGAGAGAGAGAGAGAGAGAGAGAGAGAGAGAGAGAGAGAGAGAGAG